GCCUCCUCCUGCCCCGCGAUGUUCCUCCAGCAGUCUGACGGGGGACUUCUGGAUUAUAUCCCUAUAGUCAAGAAGGUGUUACUGAAUGUAUUUAUUAUGUACGUCUCUGUACCAUUGAUUGUUCGAUUGUUCCCUCCACUGUUAAGAAAAUUUGUCUAUCUCAAUUUUUUUGCUUAUCCUUUUGGAGUGGAUCUCCAGAAGCCUGAGGUAUUUCUAAAUCACACCAAAAACUUUUAUCUCACCUCUGAACCAGGAAUCACUUUCGGCAUCUGGCACGCUUUACCAGAUAGCAGAUGGAAGGAAGCUGAAGGGAAAGACCUCAGCUGGUAUGAAGAGGCCCUCGCAGAUGAUAAUCCCAUCAUCAUCUAUCUCCAUGGCAAUGGGGGUACCAGGGCAACAAGCCACCGAGUUAAUUUCAUAAAGGCAAUGAGUGAUGGUGGCUUCCAUGUCCUAGCUGUGGACUACAGAGGCUAUGGAGACUCUUCUGGUGAGCCUAGUGAAAAAGGCUUUACAACAGACGUUCUCUGCCUUUACGACUGGGUGAAAGCACGGAGUGGGAAUAGCUUGGUCAUCUUCUGGGGACAUUCUUUGGGCACUGGAAUUGCUACCAAUACUGCCAGAAAGCUGAAAGAACAAGGCAUCUCAGUGGAUGCAAUCAUCCUGGAAGCUCCUUACACCAGCAUCCGGGAUGCAGCUGCCACCAUCCCAAUAACAAAAAUCUACCGCAAGUUUCCUGGCUUUGAGUAUUUAAUUUUGGACACAAUGGCCCAAGCUGACAUGUACUUUCUUAAUAACGAAAAUGUGAAAGUGUUAUCUAGUCCUAUUUUGAUCUUACAUUCAGAAGAUGACCAUAUAAUACCUGUACAACAAGGAAGAAAGCUCUUUGAAAUCUCAUAUGGUGCCCUUGAGAAGAAAGAACACAUCCAGUUUCUUUCCUUCCCACCUUCCAUGGGUUUGGGGCAUGACUACAUCUCCUCUCAUCCUCAGCUCGCUUCCAUUCUAAAAGAUUUCCUCGAGAGCAUUAAGCAGGAUCAGCAAUCAAGUGGACAUUGACUUUGAUAGUAACCUCAAGGAGAUAUCAGUUCUUAGACUGAUUUGCCAUGGAUAUUAAAGCAGUGAACAGUUGGAAGAUAAAAAAGUGGAUUUCAGUUUAUUUUAUCAUGAAUUUCCAGGUGUACACCACAGAACAACAUUAUUGGGCAAAAAUACAGGAGUUUUUGAGCCUUGCAAAAAUUAUUUCUUUUUCUAUAAAUGCAUCUCAUCUUGGUUACUGUAAGCCCUUCUUCAGCAGAAUAUCCUUUUUCUCUCAAGAUGUCUUCCUAUCAAAGCUAUGUUGCCAGUAUGAAUCAAUUUGAUUUAUACUAUAUAGUGCGACUUCCUCAAAGGUUUUGUAUUGUAAUUAACACCUGCUGAAAAGCACAAGGUUUCUUCAAAAUACUUCAAAUGACUAUCAUUGGUAAGUAGGAGAAGACUUCUACGCUCACCUCUUGAAGGAAGACAAUGUGAUCUAUACAACUAUACGGAUUUUGUUUUAACACUUUUCUCAAAAUAUACUAUUCUUUCUGCUAAGAGUUCAUUUUAUGAAUAUACAUUCUUGCACAACAUCUUUCAUUUUCUUUGCAAGACAACAAUUGAGCAAACAGAUCGUUCAGACUCACUAAUGGCAUCUUUUUAUAACAUCCACUAUAAAUGAGUAAAAAUGUGCCCUUUGAUGUAACCAAAGGCCUUUGAGUCAAUUUAUAGCUGUGCCACUCCAAUCAAGCCCCAGCAUCCUGGAGAGUGGUUGGGCAAGGGCACUAAAAUUUGUUUGAGCGGCCUUCCUCAAGCUGGUACGCUCUAGUUGUGUUGGGACUAGCACCUAGUAUGGCCAGUGGCCAUAUUGGCUACCAUGAAAAAGAUAUGGUCAGCCCACUUAGAAGCCAUCAGAUGAAAUAGGAUGUAUUAAUUAUUUUUUUUGGAACAAUAAUUCCCAGGGUUCCAAAGGAAGGAAAGCGGGAGAAUUCUGAUGCUCAAGCCCAUUUAAAUCUCUGUGAUGUAUAUAAUGCAUAAGAUAUUCCAACUGCCCUCAGUGCUUGUAAGCAAAAGAGAAAAGAGGCCAUUUUACUACCAUUACUUGCUAAACAAAUCUGUGCAUGCUUUUCCCAAUGUACAGUACUAUGCAUUAUCCAUGCAGAGUUAAACCUUGUAGGACUUCUCAGAUUCACAUACGCAACUUUUCAGCUGAAUCAUUGGCCAGCAUCUCAUCAGCCACAUCUCGAGGUACAUUGGGUGGUGGGAUCUUGAGGUCAGAAGGUUCCACAUUCCAGAUAUCACGGGCAUAUUCUUUGAUGGUCCUGUCACUGGAAAACUUCCCAGAGGCUGCAAUGUUCCUGAUUACCAUUUUGGUCCACUCCUUGGAGUUCUGUAAGAAAGAACUUAUGUGAACCUGGACUUUGAAUGACAAAGGAUCAAAUUCAGGAUUACUACUGAACAUGAUAUAGUCCUGUAUGACACACUGUAAUCCACCUCAAGUUCCUUACAAACAAAUUUACAUGUUAGAUGAGGAGUAGGCAAAUAACCUGCAUGUAACCGCAACCCAUUUUUGCAGUCGUCCAAGUAUGCAUGAAAAUACGGCCCAUUUAUCAGGUUUGGGUGGAAAAAGAAGGUAAAAUUGGUGCAUUAAGCUUUUCCAGGGCUCAAUGACAUCCAUUUUGCAUUACCAAAAAUAACAGGUGUAACAUUUUUAACUUCCU